UAAAUAUUUUUUUAAUCGUAUCCAACUUCUCUCCUCCAGUCCUCUCCCUCCCGUAGACCGUGGAUAUCGUAGAACAAACGGAAGAACACGAGAAGCCUCUCGAAGCUUCCAGAAUCCCGAUUCCACCAGAUUCCUCCCCCCCCCCCCCGGAGCCCUAAUUCUCUCGCGCGGUUCGUCCCGCGACCUCCCGGUUCCUGCCAAUGGCCGACAGGGAGAAGGCGGAGGAGACGGAGGAGGAGUACGAGAGCGACCUCGACGACGCGCCCCUCCCGGCGGUGCGGCGCCGGGACGCGGCGAGCGACUACGACGAGGAGGAGGAGGAGGAGGAGGAGGAAGGGGCGAGGCCCUCUCCGCCUACGAAGGCCGGAUCCGACGCGGAAUCCGACGGGCAAGGCGCCGCCGAGGUGUACGACGACGACGACGCGUACGAAGAUGACGAAGGGUACGAGGAAUACGGGGAGGUGUACGAGGAGUUCGAGCAAGGGCGAGGCGUUGCGGGCGGAGUGGCCACCGGGGCGGUGGCCGCAGCGGGGGAGGAGGCGGGGAUGGGUAUGAAGGGGGAAGCGGAAGGUGAGGCGUCGGCGGCAGCGGCGGAGGGAGAGGAGGGGAAGAAGGGGAGCGAGCCCUAUGCCGUCCCGACGGCUGGCGCCUUCUACAUGCACGACGACCGCUUCCAGGAGGCCCGUGGCCAUGGGCGCCAAAGGAGAAUGGUGGGUGAUAGACGGCUGUGGAAUGCUAAAGAGGAUCAAGCGUGGGUCCAUGACAGAUUUGAUGAAAUGAAUUUACAUGAUUUCCAUAAUGACUACACAAGAAGAAGGCCCAGAGGUCGAUUUAGAGGACGUGGUGGUGCACCUGUUGGUAAAGUUCGUGGUGGUAGCCGUGAUAAUUUCAGAGGCAACAGGUCGCAGACAUACUAUCGUGAUGGUGCUAAGAACUACAUAUACGUUCCGAAAGAACCUCAUAGUUACCAUGAUAACACCAAGAAGGUUCAACAGGUUCUGAAUGAUAAUGGCAAGAAUAGAACCAUCAAACCACCUAAUCCUCGUGAUGGCGAUGCCAACAAUUUCGAUUUUGUUCGAAAAGAGUCUCGCCCUCUUUAUGGCAAUGCCAAAAGUAAUAAGAGUGCACCGAGAGUAGUUCGAGGAAGAGGCUCUAAACGUUACCAACCACAUUGGAGGAGUACCGCUGAGAUAUCUUCAGAGCAUAAUAAUAAAUCACAAAAUCUUGAAAACACUUCUUCAAAUGCAAACUUGGGAAAACACCAACAUCAAGCUUCAAAUUCUCAACCAGAACGAGGAUUUCCGAUGAAGCAGAGCUUUGCAUCAAAUUUGAAUUCAGCUUCACCUCCCUUUUACCCUUCUAGGCCAUCUCAUCAGGAACUCCCAGUGAGUCAGAGGGGGGAUGGACAACCCAGUACCACUACUAGACACUUCUCAUCCCCCAUUGGUAUGGAGCAUGUCUCUCCAACCCCACAGUAUGGCCCUCUCUUAAGAGGGAAAGCCUUUGUACCGUCUGCUGGGCAUGGCAAGUUGCAUGCUGAAGUUCCUAUAAAGGGCAUGGAUCAUCCUUCAUUUCAUUCAUCUACAUCAUCAUCAACUAGUCAAUUUCCUAUAGCUACUAAUCAGGUCACUGGAAAUUCGGCUAAGUCCCCACACCCAAUUGUCCAACAAAGGUUGGUUCAAUCAUUUAAUCAAUCCACACCAAAGAUGCCUGGUCAGAUGUUUGCUGCGCAAUUUGCUAGCAGUGAUAAAUUGCCAUCUUCCAUGCAAUCUACAUCAACAAUUUUGACUGAAGGCACUGAAAUUUCUUCACCUCAUGGUUCCAACAAAUCUAAUACUAGAUUGAUGGCAAAGGGACAACAUAGUGACCAGGGAGAAGAACAUGCUUCUUUUAUGUAUGGUGGAGCUCAAGUUCUUGGGACUACAGGAUCACUUGGUGACCAAAAUUUCCAUGGAACCCCUGCACUAUUUCCAGUUAUGCAGUUUGGAGGCCAGCAUCCAGGUGGGACUGGCGUUCCCUCAAUUGGCAUGGCUCUACCAGGAUUUGUGUCUCAACAACAACUUGGUCUGAGCAAUUCUGAAAUGACUUGGCUACCGAUAUUGGCUGGUGCUUCUGGAGCUUUGGGAGCAACGUAUGGUUCACCUUAUAUUACUGUAGAUGGCAGCUAUUAUCCCCGAACUUCUGAACAUGCAUCUUCAUCAGUUUCUUUGAGAGAACCCAGUGCCUCUUCUCAGUUGAAGUCACAAGAAAUAACUGAGGCUUUAAAUGAUGAACUUAGUCAACGCCAACAUAAACCUCGGAGAUAUUCGGAAAUGAACUUUGGCAAAUGAACAUAGUGACGAUGGUGUUAAUGAGGACUUCAUCUGUUAGAUUUGGGUCUGUGCAAGACUUCUAUCUCAAGGCCUUUCUGGGUCCUUGCAACACUUCAGUGUCUGAUCUGUAGCACUUUGGGCUGUAUCCAGAAUGAAUGCCAGGUUUGACAGUUGAAGGUGUUUAUAUCCUUACUAUAGUCAUUUGCAGUGAUUAUUCUGAUGGGCAGUUGCUAUUGUGUAAUUAGGUGAGAUUUACAUGGUACACCGUCCAUGUUGCUAUUGAUCAUCUUCACAUUGGCAUGCAUAUAUGAAUAAUGCGCGAUGGAGAAUACGUGAGGUCUCUGUUAUUGUAAGCUCCUUUUCUUGGUGAAAGAGGGGGAAUACAAGGUGGUGUUGGGUUUGCUUGUGUUGCUCAGCUGACUUGAUCACUGUCGGUUAAUCCGUUAUGACAUUUUGAAGAUCUGCUAUGUGAUGUGUUCCCUUUGCUGAAGAUAUUGUCGCGAUAUACUAGUUCGGUACGUGUUAGUGUUACACAGAGUUCUUUCUGUUCAGUUCAUACUACUUGUAACUGUGUAAGCACCAGGUCUUCUGAAUUACUACAAUUUUACCAUUGGUUUCCCUUUAUAGUGGAGUAUGAUAUUAACAACUACUACGUAGAAAGAUGUAAAAGUGAGAAACUUAUGUGAAUGUUGUACAUGCACGUCUUAUAAAAAAAUAUUUAUUUAUUUUGGUCAUUGGCUAUC